UUAGUUUCAAUGUAUAUGUUGCAUUUCACUUUUCUCAGAUGCAGUUUUUGUAAGGAUAUUCUUGAAGGAAAUAUUCAGACCAUUUCCCUGACUCUUCAGGUGCUGUGUGACAGUGUGACUGAAAUGGAAGACGAGCAUCUGAGGAAAAGGGAGGAUUUGCUGAGAAAGACAGAAGCAGAGAAGAAAAAUAUCAUCCAGGAAUGGAAAGAACUACAUCGGUUUCUAAAAGAGCAAGAGAAACAUAUGCUGAGAAAUUUGGAAGAGCUGGAAAGAGACAUAAUUGUGAGGCGAGACAAGAACAUUUCAAGAGAUUCUGGGAAGAUGUCAAAGCUCCGUGAAAAUACAGAAGGCAACCAGCAUUUGCUUGUGAAGGGUAUUGAGAGGACCAAUAAUAGGACAAAUGGGGCAUUCCCUCAGCUUGACAGAAGCUUUGGGGAGCUGGAGCAGAGAUUAAACCAUUUUUCGGAAAAGAGGAUUGUGUUGCAAGAGCUGCUGCUGGCUUUUAAAGAAAUUUUGGAACUGGAGGUGGAACACAAUCCUGGCCCAUUAUUCCUGUCUGGCUUUCGACAGAGAUCGUCUUUCUACUCAGUGUUUCUCCAUUCCUGCAGGAGGCCCGGUGGGAAAAUGGCUUUGUUAGAGUUGUCCCAGCUAUUCUUCCUCUUCCAGGAACCUGUAUCUUUUGAGGAUGUUGCUGUACGUUUCACUGAAGGGGAAUGGGCUCUCCUGGACCCCUGUCAGAAAGCCUUGUACAGGGAUGUUAUGCAAGAGAACUAUGAGACUGUGACCUCUUUGGUUUUUCCCCUCACUGAUUCAGAUUGGAACUUCAGGUUGGAGGAAGGAGAAGAGGAGACCUGCUUGAUCCUAAACUCUCAGGGCUCUGUGGAGAAGAAUAACCACAAAGUCACUAAUCAAGCCCUUGUUGCAGUGGAUAAAGGGAAGGAGAAUAUAAAUGAGAAAGAGAGGAGUCUACAGCCAGGAAUUUCUCCAGAAGAUGUACCACAAGACAUCCCUUUGAGAAAGGAGAGAAAAUUCCAAGGUCCUGAUGGGGGAGAUAUAUGUCUUCUGCGUAGAUCGGAAAGGCAGAGGAAGGCUGAACCAAACAACAGACAACAGGAACCAGUUCCUACUAAGAAUGAUGGUCAGUCCAUAGGGGAAAACCCUGCACAAAAUAAGAUCUGCAAAGGCAGAAAGCAAAAGCCAUGCCCCAAAUGUGGGAAAAUAUUUAGCCAGAGCAUCCUUCUUCUUAAGCAUAAAAAGACCCACACAAGAAUGAAGCCUUAUCAAUGUUCAGAGUGUGGGAAAAUCUUCAGUAACAGCACACAUCUUAGUAAACACCAAAGAACCCACAGGAAAGAAAAACGUUUUGGAUGCUCAGACUGUGGGAAAGUUUUCCAUCGGAGCUCCCACCUCUCCUCGCACCGAGGAAUCCACACAGGGAUCAAACCGUACAAAUGUUCAGCUUGUGGAAAAAGCUUUCGUCGGGGUCCUGACUUUCGAAGACACCAGAUAAUCCACACAGGAGAGAAAUUGCACAAAUGCAUGGAUUGCGGGAAAAGCUUCGGCCUGAGCUCUAGCCUUAUCAAACAUGAAAGAAUUCAUACCGGGGAAAAACCAUAUAAAUGCUCAGACUGCAGGAAAAGCUUCAGCCAGCGAUCUCAUCUUAUUGUCCACAAGAGAACCCACUUGCAGGACAGACCAUACAAAUGUUCUUUCUGUAGUAACAGCUUUACCCAGAAAGUGCAUCUUACUUCACAUGAAAGAACCCACACAGGAGAGAAACCCUUUCAAUGCUCCAACUGUGGGAAAAGAUUUAAACUGAACUGGGCACGUAUGAAGCAUGAAAGGAGCCAUGGGUGCCACUUGGAUGCUCAGACUGUUGGGAAGCUUUCUCCCAGCACUCCCACUUUGUGUCGUUCUGAGAGAGUGACGCGAAGGUGGAACUGUCAAAAUGUUCAAAGAGUGAGAAAAGCUGCAUGUCAAAAUUUCCCCUCAAAUCAGAGAGCACAAAGAGAAAAUACACCCUGUCAAUGCAUGCAGUGUACAAAGAGCUUGAGUAACAAAAAUUCUUACUCAUCUUACUGCUCUCAGAGGCAGAAACCAUAUAAACAUAUGGAGUGUGGAAAGAGUUUCAGUCAAAGUCAAAAGCCUUCCUCACCUCAAACAAACAACACAGGAGAUAAACCAUAUAAAUGCAUGGAGUGUGGGAAGAGCUUCUGUCAACGGCCGCACCUUACCACACAUCUAAGAACCCAUACAGGAGAGAAGCCAUAUAAAUGCAUGGAGUGUGGAAAGAGCUUCACUACAAAUGAAAAAUGUAAUGUACAUCAAAGAAUCCACACAGGGGAAAAACCAUAUAAAUGCAUGGAGUGUGGAAAGAGCUUUAGUCAAAGUUCCCAUCUUAUUUCACAUCAAAGAAUCCAUACAGGGGAGAAACCAUAUAAAUGCAUGGAGUGUGGAAAGAGCUUCAGUCAAAAUGAAAAUCUUACUAUCCAUAAAAGAAUCCACACAGGAGAGAAACCAUAUAAAUGCAUGACUUGUGGAAAGAGCUUCAGUGACCAGGGAUCUCUGACUAAGCAUCAGAGAACCCAUACAGGAGAGAAACCAUAUAAAUGUAUGGAAUGCGGAAAGUGCUUCAGUGGUAGUCAACAACGCGUUUUACAUCAAAGAACACACACAGGAGAGAAACCAUAUAUAUGUAAGGUAUGUGGAAAGAGAUUCACUGGGAGUCAGCAUCUUCACAAACACCUAAGAACACAUACUGGAGAAAAACCAUAUAACUGCAAAGAGUGUGGAAAGAACUUUAGUGAAAAUUCAAAACUUGUUCUACAUCAAAGAAUCCAUACAGGAGAGAAACCAUAUAAAUGCAUGGAGUGUGGAAAAAGUUUCAGUGAAAGUUCAUCUCUUACAGUACAUCAAAGAAUCCACACAGGACAAAAACCAUAUAAAUGCAUGGAGUGUGGAAAAAGCUUCGGUGAUAGUGGAAAUCUUAGUAGGCAUCAAAGAACCCACACAGAAGAGAAACCAUAUAAAUGCAUGAACUGUGGAAAGAGCUUUAGAUAUCGUACAAAUCUUACUGUCCAUCAAAGAGUCCACACAGGGGAAAAACCGUAUCAGUGCAUGGAGUGUGGAAAGAGCUUCAGUUACAGGGAAAGUCUUACUAUCCAUGAAAGAACCCACACAGGAGAGAAACCAUAUAAAUGCAUGGAGUGUGGAAGGAGCUUCAGUGAAAGAGGAAAGCAUACUAUACAUCAAAAAACCCACACAGGAGAGAAGCCAUAUAUAUGUAAAGAAUGUGGAAAGAGAUUCCCGCUGAGGCAACAACUAUCCUCACACCUACGAAGCCAUACAGGAGAGAGACCGUAUAAGUGCACUGAGUGUGGAAAGAGCUUCAGAUACACGACUAACCUUUCCAUACAUAAAAGAAUCCAUACAGGAGAGAAAUCCUUUAAAUGCACAGAAUGUGGUAAGAGUUUUAGGGAUAGUGGAAGUCUUACUAAACAUCGGAGAACACAUACAGGAGAGAAAACAUAUAAAUGCAUAGACUGUGGGAAGAGUUUCAGUAUAAGUCAACAUCUUUCUUUGCAUCAAAGAAUCCACACAGGAGAUAAACCAUAUAAAUGUGUAGAAUGUGGAAAGAGUUUCAGACAAAACCAACACCUUUCAUCUCAUCUAAGAACCCACACAGGCGAGAAACCAUUUAAAUGCACAUACUGUGGAAAGAGCUUCAGGAAUAAGGGAGCUCUUACUGCCCAUGAAAGAAUCCAUACAGGAGAGAAACCAUAUAAAUGCACAGAGUGUGGAAAGAGCUUUCGUUAUAGUGGAAGUCUUACUAUCCAUCAAAGAACCCACACUGGAGAGAAACCAUAUCACUGUAUGAAGUGUGGUAAGAGCUUUAUUGAUAGUGGAAGUCUUUCUAAACAUCAAAGAAUACACACACCUCAAAGAACCCGCACAAGAAAGAAACCCUCUAAGUGCAUGAAAUACUGAAAGAGCAGUGAAAGUAAACACCUUUCUAUAGAUCAAAAAAACUAAACAUAGAUGAGGAACCAUAUCGGUAUAUGAAAUGUGGAAGGAUAUUCAGGAUGAAUAAGAACCUCCAUAGACAUCAGAUAACUCAUGCAUUGAUUGAAUGAACUUCAGUGUGAUUUGAAGAACUAUAUUCCUCAUCAAAAAGCCCAUAUUUAGGAGAAGCUAAAUAAUGGUGUAGAGAGUUGCUUGACAGUAAGAGCUGUUUGACACUGGAAGACACUUCCUUGGAGAGUGAUGGGGCCUCUUUCUUUGGAGGUCUUUAAACAGAGGCUGGAUGGCCAUCUGUUGAGGAUGCUUUGAUUGUGAGUUCCUGCAUGGCAGGGGGUUGGACUGGAUGAACUUUGUGGUCUGUUCCAACUCUAUAAUUAUCUGAUUUUCCCCCCUCCAAGGAUCUUUACUCAACAUCUGAGUUCUAAGGGUGAAUCUGUAUAUAGUGGACCAUUCCCAUCUGCAGCAGUUUGAUCCUACAUCCACAGAUGGGGGGAAAAAGUGGAUGUUUAUGCCCCAUAUUAUUCAGUGGUGGUGACUGCAGACAAACGUAUCAGCAUGUCCAUGCAUACACUGCCAUUGAAUAAUACAUGGUGUGGCAAUCCACAGCAGAUCCACUGUUGAUAACUGAAGCUGUCUAAAAGCCCUACAAACCAUCAAGGCCACUUGAAGCUCCUGAGACAAAAACAAAUUCACGAAUCCUCUGAAGCUCUGUACCUGUCCUUUUGGUCUGAUGCCCUCACUGGAAGAGGUUACAUCAGACACGGACCCAGUUGCUAAAGUAAGUACUGACCCUCAGUAACUGUCAGUGCCCAGUGUUAAUAUGGUGUGGUUUCUAAACCAGAACAGCAUGCGAAGCUAUGAAGAGCAGUGUUGGGUCAAAUUAAUGGCUCUCUUAUCGCAGUAUUCUGUCUGCACACCCAUUUUCACCUCAAGAAUAUCAGUAUAACUGCAUUCAUCUUAUACACUGGAGCAGUGGUUCUUAACCUUUUCUUUACCAACAACCUCCUUUAAAUAUCUUUUGUUGCUGCAGAUCACCCAAGACGUAAUUCAAGAUUUAAAACCUUAAAGUGCAUCAAAUAUUUAUAUAACACUGGUCUUCAGGGAUGUUCUCAUUUGGAGAUACUGCAGCUGGCCUUUGGAUGAAGCUUUAUAAGACACUAGAAAAGCAGUGGAAGCAACAUCUUUAGGUGGACUUUAUCUACCAAUCCUUUGCUGAUCAGACUUCUCACUUGUUUUGAUUUGCCUGGGCCAGGACCUGGACUUUUGUUUUACUUUGUCUUUGGCUCCCACUUGCUUGGCAUGCCAGAUAAUUCCAUUUUUCUGACCCUGGGCCUAUAUUUUUACUCUGUUCCUUGAUACUCCUGUCCAUAUCUGUCUGCUAACUGGGUAUGGCUUUGCUGCUUUGGAGUCUAGACUGUGAAACUUGGGUGCUGAAACUUUCCUGUCAGGAAUGAGGCCACACAGGGGAAGUGCCACAUAGUCAGCAGUAAUUUAUCCAUUUCUUGGGUGUGGGAACAACAUCUCAAUCUUGUGGGGAUCUGAUCUUGUAGCACCUUUGAGACUAACUAAAGAAGUUGGCAGCAUGAGUUUUCGUAGACACCAAUGCAUCUGAGGAAGUAGACUUCUGUCUACAAAAGCUCA